CCAAGGUAGACAACAACCUAAACUAUUUUGCCGGGGCCCAAUCAAAGUAGAUAACCUUUGAGUCAAUUUCCAGAGGCCCAAUCAAAGCAGACAACAGCCUUCGAACCUGUUUUCCCUCAAGCCCGUAACAAACUGUUCCACAGCCACAGAAAAAACUUCCCACCAGCAAAAUCAAAACCAUCUUUCGCAAGCACUCUUUCACAGCUCCUGUCGUCACCCACAUCACCGCCGUCAAUGGUGCUUUCUGCUUUAAUUCUGCUUCCCUUCCUUCUCCUCCUACUCUACUUCAUAGUCCGUCCUCGUCCCGUGAACAUCCCAAUCAAAAACCGCUACGUGUUCAUAACAGGGGGGUCAAGCGGCAUCGGGCUAGCCUUAGCCCAUCAGGCGGCUUCCCAGGGAGCCCGAGUAUCCCUCUUAGCUCGCUCUCUUACCAAACUCGAAGAAGCGAAAAAAUCGAUUCGCCUUUCCUCCGGAGUCGACGUUUCGAUCUUUUCUGCUGAUGUUCGUGACUACAACGCCGUUCAGAGGGCGGUUAACGAUGCGGGACCCAUCGAUGUUUUGGUGGUUAACCAGGGAGUUUUUGUGCCUCAGGAGCUGGAGAAGCAGGAAUUGGAUGAGGUCAGGUUUAUGAUAGAUGUGAAUUUGAUAGGGAGUUUUAAUGUCAUCAAAGCUGCCUUGCCGUUGAUGAAGGUGAGGAAGGAUCGUGAACCUACCUCCAUCGCUCUUAUCUCUUCCCAAGCUGGUCAGGUGGGAAUUUAUGGUUACACAGCGUACUCCGCCAGUAAAUUUGGGCUCCGUGGAUUAGCAGAAGCAUUGCAACAGGAGGUUAUUGCAGAUAAUGUCCAUGUCUCUGUUAUAUUCCCACCAGAUAUCGAGACCCCUGGUUUUGAGCAAGAAAAUAAAGUUAGACCUGAGCUCACUAAUAUUCUAGCAGCCUCCUCUGGUUUAAUGAAAGCUGAUGAAGUUGCCAAGAAAGCUUUAGAUGGCAUCAAAUCUGGAAGUUUCGUUGUCCCUUGCAACUUUGAGGGGCACAUUCUCGCUAUAGCGACUGCCGGUUUGUCCCCUCAAAGAUCUUUCUGGAUGGCAUCCAUUGAGGUGGUUUUUGCUGGUUUAUUUCGUCUUAUAGGUUUAUUUUUCCAAUGGAACUGGUAUGGGAGCAUAGAAAAGUGGCAUGCAAAGAAAAAUGAGACAUAGAAUUCCCUGGUGCUUGUUAUGGAUCAGUGUUCCUUCCGGCAUCCGUUGCUUACUUCUAAGAUCUCAUGGAUAUGGAUCUUUGACUAAUAACUAGUUUCAGCAUUCAACAUUCAGGAACUGAAGUUCUCCCAAACUCUCCAUCUAUGUUUCUGCACAUUGCAACCAAUGCCAUGUUGAAUAGAUCAGAGACCUUAAUUGUUUCAAUCCGACUUUCGAAUUGGCUAUUGCUGAAUUAGCUAUUGCUAGAAGUGAAAUGUAGCCAAAAUUUGAAAAAGCGAAUAGCUACAACCAUUAUUCAUUGGAUUACAUUGGAAAGUUAUAGUGUGUUUCAGAACUUGUCACCCGAAUCUUGAGAUGUAUCUUGUUUCCAAAUAUUACAGGCUUUUAGUCAAGACUUCAAGAGAACUGUCUUGUACCUCAAAUAAACAAUUAUAGGCUAUUUGCUCUUUAUGUCACCCAUAUUUAAUCACAGCAACCAUGGUUAUUCUUGUAGUACAAGUAUGCUUCUUGGCCGAGACGAAACAUAAAAUGGGAAAGUAAGAUCAAAAGUUAGGACAUAGUUUCUUAACAGUUUGCUGAAUCUGGUUUUGUGUUUUGUCAAUUUGAUCCAACUUCGACGCUGAGACAGCUUUUCCUGGGGACAACACGCGUUAAGACACUAUGCUCUUCAGAAGUCAUGGGUUAACAAAAUCUUGCAAAAUUUUGAUCUCUAGCGCCCAUCACUUGUAUUUAUAACCAGAAAACUCUCUGAAAGUAAAGGUUUGAGUUUUCUAAUGUCAGAGUUUCGGUGGGAUAGAAAUUGGUAAAGCCAGGGCACGAGAUGGGACCAAAAAGAAUUUGAAAAGAAGUUUCUGAUGGAAUAUGAGGAUGAUCUUCUGCGAUCUUGCAGGAUGGGAUGAUCUUCUGCUAUCAUGCAGGAUGGGAUGAUCUUCUGCUAUCAUGCAGGAUGGGAUGUUGGAUUUGAAGGAUUCAAUAACCAAUUAUGAAACGUAAAUUGGGUCGAACAAAGGACUGGAAUAUCAAAAUGCCAUGAUUCACAAUGAAACAGGGUAAUAUCAUAUUGGUUUACUUUGCAAUUGAUAGUUCUUUUAGCCUCUUUUUGUUUAGAAUUUGAGGGUGUACCUGGCUGCGAUGAUGCAGCCAGACUUUAUAGCAGUACAUAUGUAUUUUGUAACUUGGUAAAUGGUAUUGGUACUUGGUA